AUGUUGCACCUGAAUCUUUUGAGAUUUUUGGUCCGCGGGGGUCAAAAAAGACUGAUGUCCACUGCCACAAAGUUGACCACAGUGGAGGUUAACGACAAGACCGGAAUUGCUACCCUUACAAUGAAUCGGCCUCCGGUCAAUAGCCAAAACGUACAAUUAUUAUUGGACCUGCAGUCUUCCAUCAGCGAAAUCGAAAACAACAAGAGCCGGGGCCUCAUUUUAACCUCCGCAAGUUCCAAUGUGUUUUCAGCUGGGCUGGACAUCCUGGAAAUGUAUAAUACGGACGAGGAGCGACUCCGAAUCGUUUGA